UGGUCUAAAAAAACCUGUUCGCUCGAGUCAUCCAGCCCAUGCGGAGAGGGUGCGUGCGGGGAUACAGAGAGAGGAUGCGUGUGGUUUCUGUGGAUCCAGGAGAGGCGGCGAGGGAUUCAGGCGAUCAGCGGGAUGAGGGUCCAGCCGAGGCGCAUGACGGGAUCCAGACGGAGCGAGGCGCCCGAGGGGAUCGAGCGGACGCGCGGGAGCGGAUGAAUCCGGGGCGGUCGAUCCAGCCCACGCGGGCAAUCCGCCUACGAGCUCUUGCUGAUUGAUGCAGCUCUGCUCCCGCCGAUGCAGGCUCCGCAGACUGCAGCCGAUCUGAUUGCCGCCUUGAGCGGCAAAGCCCACCGCAACUUGCCAGCUCUCCCGGCGGCGGUGGUAUAUAACCAGCCUAAGAUGUACGACGUGCUUAUGCCCUCUUUCCAUGCGAUUCGUUCCCCCAACAGGUACUCUCUCUCUCACUCACUUAUUGUAUAUUAAUUGAGAGGACUCGUGUCCUGAUCGAAGCUGACGGGAACACAACUACUAUUGGUUGGUAGCUCCUCAUGUUGGAUUGCAAACAGUCCCAGGCUUGAGCUCCUCCUUUGGUGAUUUUAUUUUCUUUUUUCCCUCAUGGUCGAGCUGUCACAUUGUUUGGUGCAGGUUUUUCCAAAUUUUAACUACAAAUUUUCAUUUAUUCAUUGUGAACUGAAGGUUGUUGUGAUCAAAUUUAUCAGUGACACCUUGCUGUCCUGGGUGACAUUUUUUGUCAAUUAGUAGCAUUUCAGCAUUGAUGUCCUGAAGUAUUCAUGUUGUGGAAGGAGAUAAAUCUGAGCUUUAUUAUGAGCUAUACCUUGGGUUUUCUGCUGAUAAAUGUAUAGAAAGAGAAUAUAGUUGAAUCUCUGAGUACAUUAUGUCGAGAGUGGCAAUGUGAACAUUACAAGUCUUGCUACUAUUUUAAUUACGAAGGUGUUGUUACCUGUUACCAAGAUGCAAGCAUACAAAUAAGCUCCUUACUUCUUACGGUAUACUUAUCAUAGUUGCUUCCUUUGAUUUACAGGCAUAUCAACUCCAGAAGAUGUGCACAACGAAGUUAAGGUAACAAGCAUCCUGAAAACUAACUUUUGGUGACACUUGCUACAAAGCCGGAUAUGCAAGAAGGAAGAUGUUUCAUCAUGUUGACCACUAUAGAUUUGAAGUCCAGUUCUGGAGCACUUGAACAUGCGAGGUUGGCAACUCCCUGAUUGCGUUUGUUCUGCCACAAAAUUAUGGUCUCGAACAAUUUUGAGUUUCUCCUUGCCUACUUUUUGAGACAUUGACCUUUAUUGAAGGUACCAUGCUCUUUUCAGGAUCUUUUGAUCUUGGAGGCAUAUACAGGUCAUAUUGACUACGUAUUUCCUUACAAUUACAAAUGUACAUACUUGUUGUAAGAUGAACUUCUGGACAAUAUGGCACAUAUAUGAAUUAUGAAGGGUUUUUUGAAAGAUAUGGCAAUAAAUAAUGAUUGCCUAACUUGUUGUCCACAUAAUUUAUGUCACUUCAUACCUAACCAGACCAUUUAUUUCUAAGAUAAGAAAUCUGUGACUAAUCCAACCACUACAGAUUUCUUAUUGUCGAGGUUGGUCCUGGACCAAUUCAUUACUCCGUGAGCAAUUCAUUACACCAUUUAUUGCAUGCUUAAAAUUUCAAUGAGAGGCUAAAUAAGUCGUGUAUCAAAUACUUCUGUUUUCAGAUAUUGUAGAACACUUCUCAUGUACAGUCUGUUUUAACAUGUCCGUCCAGCUCUAGCCUUGUAAAAGUAGGCCAAAAUCAUAUUUCUAAGACUUCUAAGGGAUGGCAUUUUAGUUCAUGUUUCAUAUGCUUUUAGAUAAUUUUCAACUGCGUGCAUUAUGUAUUAAGUGGUACUGCAUAAACUGGUUCAUGUUGUAUCUGAAAGAGUUCUGUAUAAGCCUAAUAACUUUUGCUGUUUGGUUUUCUAGGUGCUUUGGUUAUAUGCACACUUCCUUUCAUGGUUCAAUCUUGGAUAUUACUUGAGUAUCUUAGUGUCAUGUGGAAGAAUGUCCAACUUAGGGGCAGCCAUGUGGAAGGAUGUCCAACUUAGGCGCAGUCAGGGGUUGGUUCCAACCAGCUUGAACAGUUCGAUAUGCACAGUGAAGGUUUUGGCUCUCCAGUUUGCUUGCACUGAUUUGAAUGCAGUUCUUGACGUCCUCAGGUUUUUCCCCUGCUUGGAAAUACUUUAUGUUAUGUGGAACAAAUACUUGAAAGCAGAGAUGAACAAUGUGCGUCAUUGUGAUCCAAUAACUCCAAUCAAAUGCCUUGAGACCCAUCUAAAAAAACUAGUGUUGAAGAAUUACACAGGCGACGAGCAAGAUGUUAGCUUUGCCAAGUUCUUUGUUCUGAAUGCGAAAGCGCUACAUGAGAUCAAAUUUGGCGUUAGUGAGAAGUUCGACAAGAAAUGGGUGGCUGAUCACCACAGGUUGCUAGGAGUGGAAAGUGAAGCUUCUCCAGAGUUCGAGUUUAAACAUUGUUCGUACUGUUUGGAUCUCUAUUUAGAUCCCCAUGACUUGUCAAUUGCCGAUCCCUUCAACAACUCUUUUCUAGCUGAAGACCAUACUCUUCCAGUGAUAUCAAUAUCAUGUCCUUCCAGUUCUGACGAGGAUAGUAACUGAAGAUCGUGUUGUCUUUUGCUUGUUUUUAUGGUGCUGAUACCUGAAUAUUAUGUUGCCUGCAGUUCAAUGCUUGUUUCUCUGUUUGUAGUUUAAUUGUCCUUUGUAAUUCCCAGCAUGGUAUGUUAUGCAACUAGUUCACUGUCAAAAGUUGUAACUGUGAGCUGGUACUAAACUCAGCACCAAACUCCUCUUUUACAUGACUUUUGUCCGUCAA